AUGACUCCUUCACUCCUCCCCCGUAACAGGAUCUCAAUCGAGAACUCUUGUGCGCACCGGGUCCUCCAUAUAUGGAAACGCGUCACCUUUCCUCAGCUACAGUCAUCAGCAAGUUCGUGUCGAUUAUGCUCCUUUUAUGAAGGCAUUGUCCUCGAUUGCUUGAGAGGGCACUUCCCCGACAUAUUAGAGGUACUGGUUAUAAACGAAGUUGAGGAGAAGAGGGAACUUGAGAGAAUGACCGUGGGCAAGAAUCAUGAUUCUCUUAUUAUUCGACUAUCAGACCGCGAGGUCAUUUUUGAUGUCUUUGCGGACAAAAGGACCGAUGAUUUUGAAGUUGCGAAGAGUUGCUUUGGUAGUAAAUACCGUGUUGGGGAAUACACAAACUCUAGGGAAAGUUUUGAUUGCGCUCAGGAAUGGAUAUCCGAGUGUUUGAAAACGCAUACCUGCCCUAAACCUGGUACAGAAAAGGUUCUGCUACCGAAAAGGUUGCUUGUGGUUGAGGGUGCUCUCGACGAUCCAGUCAGAUUGAUAGAGACUCAGGGCGAUGAGUAUCCUUACGUCUGUUUGAGCCAUCGCUGGGGAGAUCCUACACACAAACAGCUCAAGACAACUACACGAACAAUCGACAACCACAUGAGUAAGAUCGACUGGGAGAGUCUACCUGCUACAUUCAAGGAUGCGGUAACAGUUUGCCGGUCAAUGAAAGUACAGUAUCUCUGGAUCGACAGCUUAUGUAUUCUACAGAGCUUUGCGGAGAUAACACCCAGUGAACUUGAAGCUACCAGGCAUGACUUUGCCCAAGAGAACUCCAACAUGGCGAGGACGUAUCAGAAUUCCCAUUUCACCAUCUCCGCCGACCUCUCAGACCACAUGGACAGUGGUUUCUUCUCUAGAGAUCCCAUCCACGAGUACAAAAGAGACAUCAUCACUGAUGACGGGAGUGUAGCUUCUGUAUACAUCAGAAGGCCCCUCAAUCACUACCAAGAAGAUAUCCCAAGUCUGGAGACACGAGGCUGGACUCUCCAGGAAUUCCUGCUUCCACCGCGAGUGAUUCACUUUGGUGCGUUCGACAUCACGUGGAGAUGCAAAACAUGCAUUAGCUGCGGAUGCGGACAUCUAGAUCGACGCAAGAGACAUCAGGCGGCCUGGCAUCGAUUUCAUUUCCUCGAAUCAGCUGCCAGGCCACCCCAGGACAAUGAAACAAGGGCGCUCGAGUGGUGGGAGCAAGUAGUCCAUGAGUACACAAGCCGGCAAUUGACUAACCCCACUGAUAAGCUUCCGGCGCUAUCAGGCCUAGCACAGCAGCGGAAGCAAGUCAGAGGGGGUGCUUACCUCGCGGGACUGUGGCAGGACACUCUUGCCCAUGAUCUUUGCUGGUACCAUGUCUCGGACUACAACGACCCCAGAUCAGGUGGUGUAGGCCACAGACCUCAGGGCUAUCGUGCGCCUUCAUGGUCCUGGGCUAGUGUUGAUACUGACUCAGGUUGUAGCUGGUGGUGGAUCGGGCCAAUCUUGCUUCACUCACUCAUGGUCGGCGAGGAGCCGCAGCAGGCAUGUAAUAUCGUCCAAGUUAGCUGUGAACCCGCGACGAGUGAUUCCACAGGCGAAGUUCGGAGUGGAUACCUGGAUAUACAGACGUCGUUGAAAUCAGCUGAGAUAUGCCCGGAUCCUAGUGGACGAGUCUUGUGGACCAUUCACAAUCUUGACCCCUCACUUAGGCUGGAGUUCUUCAAGCCUGAUUGCGCACUUGGAGAAGAUGGUUUGAACUUGGGGGAUCAAAUAUUUUGUGCUCCGAUUGCUGGUCUCGGGCUUUGGGCUAGGAUGGACUGUGCUUGUCUAGCUUUGAAACAGAUUGAAGGCGAUGUCUAUCGACGGGUUGGAUUCUGCACUAUCAGUGGAAGUCCAGACCUUCGAUGUCGCCCUGAUGGUCUCUUGGAACCAAAACUGGAGAAGUUUGCGUGA